GCGCGGAGGGCUACACCUCCCCCUUACGAAAUCAGCUCUAUGGCAUUAGCUGUGGCGCUGGAGAUGACGUGUUUCCGGUGCGCCUUGACCGAACCAAGAUGGCGGCGGCCUUGAGUAACCGGUGGCUGCGGAGCUGCUACGCUUUCUUCAGGCACAGUUUUCCCAUCCUGGCAAAUGGUAAAGCUCGUUGCAUGUCAGGAUUGAGGAGACCAUGGAGCAAAGUGGUAGCACUGGGGUUUGGAGUAACCUUGUCUGCAAUUCCUAUUACACAGAAACAUGAUCCAAGCUCACUUAGCAAUGAAGCGUUAAUUCGAAGAGCUGUGUCUUUAGUAACCGAUAGCGCUGGUACCCUUCUCUCUCAAACAACAUAUGCGUUAAUUGAAGCUCUAACAGAGUAUACAACGGCAGUUUACACGUUGGUGUCACUGUACCAGAAAUACACACACCUCCUUGGGAAAAUGAAUUCCAAUGAGGAGGAUGCAGUAUGGCAGGUGAUCAUUGGUGCUCGAGUAGAGAUGACUGCAAAGCAACAGGAGUUCCUGAAGUUAGAAUCCAGGUGGAUGACUGCAUUGCGCCUUUCAGAGAUGGCAGCAGAAGCAGCGUAUCAGUCUGGAGCCGAUCAAGCAUCCGUUUCAACACAUAACCACAUUCAGCUGGUGAAAACCCAAGUGCAAGAGGUGCGGCAGCUGUCACAGAAAGCAGAGACUAAGCUGGCAGAAGUUCAAACUGAGGAGCUCAUGAAACUGACAGAAGAGCCACCAUUGCUGCCAGCCGGUCGACAAGCCAGCGUGGAGGAAACCGAUGAAGAAGCCUAUCUGCGUGAAGACUGAAGUGUUGCUAGCCUUGAGGAUUUUGCCCCCAACUUUGAUGGGGAAAGGAGGCACCAAGUUGAAAUACCAACCUUGUUAGCUGCAGGUCUUUGACAUUGGAAGUUGUGUUUCUGAUAUGUGGGAAAGAGUUUCUACUUAAAUCAACUAUGCAAAUUUGAAAGUAGCCAGCUGAGGGGUCCUUUCUUGGCUGUGGAGAUCUAUUGUUAGAAUGGCUAAUGAAGAUGAUUCAGUAACAGGUCCUCAAAUUCUCAAAAGCCUGGAGCUAAUUGUAGUUUCAAUUUCAAAAGGGUUGGGUUUUUU